UUGUAUAUGUUCUCACUCUCUUGGCAGAUAAAUAAUGCGAUACGAUACACAACAUAUAUCCCGGCGAUCUCUCCAUCUCGAGAUCGUUGCCAAUUUCGCCACAGCCUCAGUCGCAAACGAACAACGAACCAUCGAAGUUUAGAAAAUAUCUAACAAUUAAAAGCGAUCGCGCGCGCGCAUUUCCUCAACUACAAAAAAAAAAAAACGCGAAUCGCAAAUCGAAAACGAAAAUAAAUUUGGAAAUUGCAAUUGUCGUCUGGUUUUUAGAGCGCGCGUGCAUUGCCAAAAACGAAAAAUAUAUAUCUGAUACGAGCAAGGAGAAGAAAAAUAAAUACAAUUUUCUCGGAGCGGAUUAAAAAAUAAGAAAAAGGAAAAACAACGCAAAAAACGACGCACAUUUUUUCUUCAGUUCUCAGUUCAGUUGCAUGCCGCAGCGGAAUCAAAAUAUAUAUACUUGCCCGCUUACAUAUAUAAUUAUAUAUAGCUAAAGAUAUUUGGGUAAAGCAAAAGCGCCAAGGGAGGAAUAAUACUUUGAGAGGCGUUGCCCGAGGCCAAGGAAAAAAUCAAAAUAUAUAUAAUAAGUAUAUAUAGAGAGGGAAACAAAUGAAUGCAGCUAGAGUUAAGUAGCCAAAAACUAGAGCAAGGCUUAAGCUCACCACUCACCGCCAAAUCUCUGUAAUUAUAUAAUCAGAUUUUUUGGCAACAAAUUGUUCCCAAGAGAGAGAGAGCAGUGAACUGAACACGUGUCAUUAGAUUUAAAGCCCCCGACAAGCACACGAUAUAUUUAUUGCGUUGAUUAUGAGCGCUUUCGCCGAACGGAAUAUACAUUUCAAUCCUUUGCGAAAUCAGCCAACGCUUAUCGUGAAGCGCCUGAGACCGCCGGAGAACAAAAGCCACGAAAACUUGAGCAACUUGAGGAACUGAACAAGUGAGCAACUGAGCAACUUAGGAACUUGAGCAACUGAACAACCGAACAACGAAUAUAUAGCAUCUACAUCACAAAAACAACGAACUCUGCUCGCAGCUAAACCAAUCGAACCUUAUUUAUUAUAAUAAAAGCCCUUGCAGAAAUAUACGAACUAUAUAUAACAAAUAUUUAUUUAAAAAAAACACCAAAACAACGAACGAAUUUUUCUACAAAACCAACAAAUACUGCGACAACAACACCAACAACAAAAAGCAUAAAGACAAAAAAGGAUCAUCAACAUUUUGUUAGGGAAUUUUCGAAACUCUUCUUUGUAAAUACUUGAAACUAGAUUUUAGUUAUUGUUGAUAUUGCUUAGCUCAAAUAGAACAUAUAUACAUAUAUCAUUGUUGUCCAAUUUGUUGUGUUAAUUUUUAUAUAACGAGUACUAGUCAGCCGCCCAACUGUGCGUAUACGCAACGCCACGGCGUAUACUUAAUAUUUAAGCGUAGAAAAAAGUGUAGGUUAUUAGGCUAACAGAGAAAGAAAACGAAACCAAAUCGAACAAAUGAUGAAAAAUCUAAAUGGUAGAACGCAUAAUAAUGCGUGCUACCAUCCAUAUUACCACCGAACAUUGCACUUGGCACAGGUGCACAACCAGCAGCAACAGCAGCAGCAACAGCAAACAAACCAUAACGCCUACGGUUUUCCACAACGCAACGGAAAUGGAAACACUUAUGGCAAUAUUGCUAGCAGCGCCUACGCCAGCAGCAUCAAUGGCAACCAAGCUGCUGAAAUGGCUGCCAUGGGACAAAUGCAGAACUUUUUUAGCCAAGAGCAACAAGAGUACAAUAACUGCUUGUCCAUUAAUUAUUAUCAGCAGCAGCAACAACAGCAGCAGCAGCAGCAACAGCAGCAGCCAAUUACUGCGCCCACAACAGUAGCAACAUCAGCGAACAACAACAAUAAUAAUAACGAUCAUUUUUCAAUGGACGCAAGUGAAAUAGCCAGUUUUCUUGCCAGCGAGCUUUUCCUUCAGCAGCUCGGCACCUUCGAUGGCAUUCAGAGCGCUCCAACGCUGACCACGCCCACGUUGACCCCCACAACGAUGCGCAGCAUCGAGGAGAGCUUCUUUGAGAUGACCAAUGAUCCAGUGACCGCUCCCUAUCAGGCCGGCUUCAAGCCGCCGCCACUUGCUCCGCUGGUGAACAAUGGUAGCGGAAAUGGAAGCGGUAAUGGAAAUGGAGUCACUGGAAUUCCCACCACCACAGCCACGGCCACCGUGGUGGGCGUGAUUAAUCCGCUGAUAAGCCAGCAGGUCUACGAAGUUAGCAGUGUGGUGCAGGGAACCGAUUCCGGAGACUCCAACAGCUCCUGGGGCGAUGGGCAAAACAAUGACGAUCAGGACACAGACGAAACUUCAAGUGCCCACACGGACAGCACCUCGUACCAGAAUGGACACAUGCCUAGCGGCAGCGGUGCUAAUGGAGGCGUCAACAAUUUCAGCAAUGUCCUGGCGGCGGUGAGCUCCGGUCGCGGCUCCAACACGAAUACCUCGAACAGUGCCACGCCAGCGCGUCGUGGAGGUGGUCGGAGACCGAAUCGAUCCGCCAACAUGACGCCGGAGGAGGAGGAGAAGCGACGCAUUCGCCGGGAGAGGAAUAAGCAGGCGGCGGCUCGUUGCCGCAAAAGGCGAGUCGAUCAGACCAACGAGCUCACCGAGGAGGUGGAGCAGCUGGAGAAGAAGGGCGAUCAGCUGCGCAAGGAAAUGGAGUCGCUGACGGAGGUGAGGAAGCAGCUGGCCUACUUCCUGGAGGCCCAUCGCCCCACCUGCAGCAAGGUGCGCGCCGAUCUGCUCAGCGUGAACACCUGCAACGGGCUGAUUGCCCCCGUGGGACUCCUCAGUGCCGGCAGCUGCGGCAGCGGAUCGAGCAGUCAUCAUAACAACAACAGCAACGAUAGUAGCAAUGGCACAAUCACCGGCUUGGACGCCACACUGAACUCCACCGGGCGAAGCAACUCGCCGCUGGACCUCAAACCGGUAACGCUGCCCAACGACCUGCUGCUGCAAAUCAAGGAUGAGCCUUUGGAUGGCGGCCUGGAUUCCAGCUCGAGUCUUGACCAGGACGGACCGCCGCCCAGCAAGCGCUUCGCCUUGCCGCCCAUGUCCACAAUGCCGCACAUGUCCACGCUGAUGACGCCGACGGGCGCCUCCACGGGCUCCCUGCAAACGCCCAUGUCGGCCACGGCGCCGAGCGGAUUUGGCAGCGCCUUUCCCGUGGUCACCACCACCACCAACGGCAGCAUGAACAGUCCCACGCUGAACGCCCUGAACAAGGUGCCCAAGGAACGGCCCAACACGCUGGCCGUGCAGCGACCCUUCGGCAACCACAUGCACCUGACGAUGGCCAACAACAAGACCGGCGGUGGUCGCACCGAGAUCCAGGGCGUUCCCAUUCAAACGCCCUCCACCGGCGUCUUCAACUUUGAUUCGCUGAUGGACGGUGGCACCGGACUGACUCCCGUCUCGGGGCCGCUGGUGCCCAACAGCUCCUCGCAGAACAAGCAUCCGCUGGAGCUGCCCACGCCCACCGCCGAGCCGUCAAAGCUGGUCAGCUUAUAACCGGAGAGGUUACCAAGUCGAGUCAGGAUUAAGUUAAGUUUUAUAUAACUUGUUAGGAGCCGGUUUCUGAGUGUCCGAUUAAGGUGACAAUAGGUUUAACUGUCAGUUAGCUGUAGAAUAUAAACUGUGGUUUAUAAACCGUGGCUUAUAAACCUAGGUUUGUACCCGUGGUUUACUAACCGUAGUCUAAAUAGUGGUAUUUUAACCAUAGUUUAAACCUUGGUAUAUUUACCUUUCUGCAUUAACAGUCAGUUUAUCUAUUCGAUAAACCCUAACUGGACAUAGAGGACCGGAAAGCCGAAACAAUAACAAAACCAACAAAACAUUUUUCUAGUUGUAGGAGAUGUUUUCAUUUUUGUAAUUCGUAAUCUGUAAUUUGUAAUCGUAAAAGUUUUCGUUAACUUUAAUGUUUUUUGUAUUAUUAUCUUUAUUAUGGUUAAUUUAUGAUUUUGCUAUGUCUUUUUACAUACGCCGAGCCGAGCUAUGUACAUAUGUUAUGUACUUGUAUUGUGUGCAAUUUUCAAACCUUUUCAUUAGCGUGUUAUAUAUUUUUUCCAAAAGAAUAUAGAGAUGCGGAUUGAUCGUCGACGAUGCAUGAUUGAUGCCAGCGGCAUUGGUCAGGGAUUGCGAAUGAUAAGGAUUCUAGGGAGUGUAGAUUUGGAAGGAUGAUGCGUUGUGAUAUUUAUUAUAAAACGAAUACAAAAGAUAACAGAUAAACGAAAGUAGAAAAAGCUAAACAGGAUGAUGAGAUGAGAGCGCGGAGGAGCGUAAUGAAAGGAACUAAGCCGGUUUUAAAAUUGUACAUUUAAACAAAUCGCGUAAAUAUAUAUAUGUAUAUUCAAAAUACAAACUAAAUACAAUGCCUUGAGAGAGAAUUAAGAAAUGCAAACACUUUAUAUAUAUAUAUAAAAAAAGUAUAUGUUUAAACCUAAAAAUUAAUCGCGUUGAAGCAGAGUUUUAUAUUGAGCGAAAGCAAAAGCAAAUGUGAAAUGAGAUAAAUAUACUUAUUGUACUCUGUAAGCUGCAGUAGAAAACCCAAAUAUAUUUUUACUAAACGCAACGAAUGCGCUAUUUUCAAAUACCAUUUAUAAGAAAUGACAAAACGCAAAGCAAUUAUUUAAUAUGUAAUUAUGUAUUAUGCAAAAACAGUGAACUCUAGCCAUUUUCCACAGUAAAUUCUCAAUAUUUGUCAAAAAUCGAAACCGGCAGAAACUAAAUGCACUUAAAAGGGCAGAGAAAAAAAACACCAAAAUUGACAUGAAUGAAAUAAAAUCAAAUCAAAUAAAAUAAAAUCAAAUAAAAAUACCGAAAAACCUAAAAACAAAAAGAUG